AUGUUUCGAACCGCAGCUCCUCCCACCGUGCCAUCGAGCUUCGGCAACGUGUCCAGCUCGGCGCACGCGAGCACCUCCGCAUCUGGCUCUGUAGCCAGUCAUCCUACCAACAAGGCGCUUGCAAGAUACCCGCACCGACUCAACUUCUAUUCGGUGCCGCCCGUUCAUGAGGUCACCAUCGAGCAAUUCGAGUCCUGGGCUAUCGACCGUCUCAAGGUGUUGGCAGAGAUCGAGUCGUCGCAGGCUCGCAAUCGAACCUAUGCCGAGACCAGAGACGCCGUCAAUGCGACUGCGAAGCGAUUGCUGCCACUCAAUGCCAACACCGCCGUCAAGAGCGCCGAUCUGCUCGCUGAACGUCUCAAGGACCAUGUCAGCCAUUUUGUGCUGCGUCUCGCUUUCUGCCGCAGCGAAGACUUGCGACGACGCUUCGUCAAGGCCGAGUCGCUCCUGUUCCGACUUCGCUUUGAGACAGACGAUGCAACGGAACGAGAGAUCUUCAUGCGCUCUCUCAAUCUCGACUGGAAUCCUGUCUCUGGCGAAGAGAAGAGGAUGUAUCGUGAACAGCUCGUAGCCACGCACCCCAAGAUGGCGUCGACCUUCGAAAGCGAAACCUUCUUCAAAGUCGACUGGACGCGCGUCACGGAUCUCGUCGAGAAGCGCAAGGUGUUCAUGCGUGCAGGUCAAGCAUGGGUCCCCAUCAAGGAGCAGUCCAGUCUCGUCCUGGCCGAGUUCCAGUCGCGAUUGCUCCGCGAUCUUGAGAUGACCGCCCGAGCUCUGCCACGCUUGGACGAAGAUGAUCGUCUGUUGCCGGUCCUCUCCCACCUCAGCAUGGGCUUUCUCGCUGGCAUCUCGACCGACUACUCCGGCUCUAGCAUCACCGCGGAUGGAAGCACCACCGUCACCGCGGGCAUGGUCGACGCGUUGGUCAAGACACACGCUCCCAUGUGCAUGAAGAACCUGCAUCACACCUUGACAGCCACGGGCCAUCUCAAGCACUACGGCCGACUGCAGUACAACCUCUUCCUCAAAGAGCUGGGCCUGCCGGUCGAAGAAGCGCUCGUCUUCUGGAGACGAAGCUUCAAGAGCAUGACCGACGACAAGUUCAACAAGGAGUACCGCUACAACAUCCGUCACGGCUACGGUCUCGAAGGUCGACGCAUGAACUACCCUGCCAAGAGCUGCGCUCGCAUCUUGACCCAAGAUCAGCCAGGUCCUCAAGAUUCGCAUGGUUGCCCCUUCCGUCACUUCUCGACGACAAACCUGUCAUCGGCUAUGGUGCAGCACUACGGUCUCAACCAGUCGGAGCAGUCUGAGAUCCUGGCCUCGGUCAAGCAGGGCCACUACCACGUGGCUUGCACACGCAUCUUUGAGAUCACCCAUCAGCGACAGGGUGUCAAGAAAGGCACGGGUCUCGAUGGCCGCGGCGAGACGGUCACGCAUCCCAAUAGGUACUUUGAGAGCAGUUGGAAGCUCGCACAGGCCGACGGCAAUGGAGAGAGCGGAGAGGGCAGCCAGAGGAACUCGCCUGAUCAUGACAUGGACGCCAGCGCUACAUCGCAAGAACCAGAACAGACGGUGGUGGCCGCAACGACGGAGACAGCGCCAGCAGCUGAUGGUAUGGACGAGUCGUAG